AUGGAGGAGAGCUCGCUAUUGGGUCCCAGCGCCGUGGGCGUGCGGCACCUGGGUCUGUGGGCGGCGCCGGGGGACACAGGGCCCCCUGGGGGGUCGCUGCGGCUGGCGCUGGUAGUGGCCGCGCACCUCGCCCUCUUCUCCACCUCCACCGCCAACCUCAUCAUGGACACGCCGGACGACCUGGAGGUGCUCACCAUCAACGCCUUCGCCUGCAUGACCACACUCGGGAUGAUCGUCAAGGUGGUGUCGUACGUGCUGGACCGCGGCAGCUUCAACGCUCUACUGGCGCGGCUGGCGGCCGCUCGCCGCGCACACGCAGACCCCGGCGGCCGCAACGCCGCCACGCGCGCCCGCAGGCUCGCCUUCGGCACCGCGCUCUACAGGUUCACACAGACUGUUGGAGACCACAGGUGUGCUGGUGCUGGUGUUGGCCAGGUGUCGACGGUGUUCUGCACGAGCCUGUGGUCGGUGGCGCCGCUGCUGGGGGCCUCGUCAGGAGCGCGGGACUUCCCCGUACCCGUGUGGCUGCCGCUGGACAUGCGCGCCACGCCCACCUACCACAUCGUCUACCUCGUCCAGGUCUUCUGCAUCUGGGCCGUCGUCCAGGGAACCGUCUUCCUAGACACGUCCUUCCAGAUCCUGAUGCUGCAGUUGGCUGCCGAACUGGAGGUCCUCAACGAUAACGUAGCUGCCAUCUACAACCGGGAAGUGGGCCCAUCCGAAGUAAGAUACAGCAGAGGAUGA